GAGGCAGCGAGCGACCGUUGAGAGGAAUAAGCUGUCGCGAUUCUUAAGGGCCCUGUAGAGGGCCCUUAAGAUGCGUAGAAACUGUUUGUUGCUAACAGUUUUGUUACAAGGCUCAACCCUAAAAUUGCCUUCCAUUUAUGGCAGGCCGCAAUCCGGCCGACCAACUCCUGUGUUUCCUUGAUCAAGCUAUUGAUGGCUCACACCUUGUAGUUUGUUUUAUAUUAUAGUAAAACUGGCCUCGCGAAAACAUGUUCAUCGCGAAAACCUGGUGGGCGCUCGCCGCCCGCUGACAUUGCGUGUGGAUUUUGGCUUGGUGAUUAAAUCGCAUCGGCAUUCGGCUGUUACCAAUGCCAGCAAGCCAGUCGAGCGUGCCAGGAGGCGAGUCGAAGUCGAGGCAGACGGCGGGCGGGCCGUCGUACGGAAUCGGCCAGCAGAAUUUAUAGCCCUCGGCGCGCAAAUGGUCACCAUAAUUAGCUGAACGACCUCUGUAACAAUGAGGUCCAGCUAUUCGCUGGUUGCCGUUCUCGUGGCUGCCGCAUUCGCGGCCGCCCAGGGUGCUCAGUCGGGCUUGUACACCUCGUUCCCCUACUGCCAGUGCAAGAAGUCUCCCUCGGCCUACAAGCUGGGUGAUGUCGUCGUUGCCAAGGGCAACAACCAGUACUGCUUCAAGCUGAGCGCCAAGGUGCCGGCUGGCUGCACUGACUACUGCUGCACCAAGGCGGACCUGAAGAAGAUCGAGUUCAACGUCUACGAGGCGUGCGACGUCUUCGGCGAGGUGGUGAAGGCCACCAUCAACGGCGUGCCCACCAAGGUUGGUGUCUCGUUCCACGAGCCCAUCGAUGGCCCCGUCGGCUCCACCACUCUGGUGCUGACCCAGCUGGGCCUGGGCCUGGCCAGCGACGGUGCUGAGAUUUGCAUCACCCUGUCGCUGAACAAGAACGGCAAGGGCUGCACCUCCCUUGAGGAGCUGUGCAUUCCUCCCCCUGGCCUGCCCAAGGGUGUGUGCUCGGCUGCGCUGUUCGACAGCCAGAACGACUGCUGCCCUAUCUCCACGCCCGGCAUCCCGAGCCCUCCUCCCCCCAGCCCGCCUCCUCCGUCUCCUCCUCCUCCCUGCACGGCUUGCGUGUACCUCUCCAUCCUUGAGACCGGCAACGUUGUCUUCCCUUACGAGUUCUCCCAGCAGGACUGCGACGACUACGCUGCUAUGAUCGGCGACGAGCUCCAGACCGAGGCCGAGAACCUGGGCGUCGCGAUCAACUUCGCCCCGGCUGUUUGCUCUGGCGACGUGAUCAAGCUGUGCGCCACCUUCUUCUCAUCGGAGCAGGGCGCCGAGCUGCAGCCCUUCAUCGAUGAGCGCCUGCCCUUCUGGCUGCAGCUGAUCACCGGCGUCCAGGGCUGCCCCGCCUUCCUGACUGGCUACAGCGCUUACGCCGCCGUCGGCGGCAUCGGCGGCUCCGCACAGGCCCCGGAUGCGUCUUGCCUGAGCGGCUUCCAGUCCCAGGCCUGCGCCCCCGAGCCUGUGGACUUCCCCAAGUGCGCUUGCGUCACCACGCCCGGCGCCACCCCCUUCGCCUUCACGCCCGUCAUUUCCACUAUGGCCGGCCGCACCAAGGACACCACCUCUUACUGCUUCAGCAUCACCCUUGUGACCCCCAACAGCGCCACCAGCCCCUGCGGCCGGAGCACCAGCCUGCUCAAGGCCGAGUUCUACGCCGACGACAAGAAGCGCCGCGCCAUCACCGGCGUGUACGUGCAGCCCAAGACCGGCACCGGCAAGUGGCUGUCCGCCACCUGGGGCGCUGUGGACGAGCAGACCGUCAAGGCUACCCCCCUGAACUGGAGCAAGGACCAGGCGAAUGGCGGUACUAUCUGCCUGGAGCUGAAGAACGACACCCCCCUGUCGGACUUCUGCCUGCCCGCGCCCGGCGGCUCGUGCUACGGCAACUUGUUCGACGACAGCAAGAACUGCUGCCCGCUGUACCAGGCGAGCCUGCCGUAAAUGGCACAGCCCGCAGCAGCCGAGGCGUCGCGUGUCCAUACACACAAGGUGGAAGCCGCUUGGAAGCCGCGCGGCUGACCCACCCUGUUUGAGUUCUUGUGGCAGCGGACUUGCUUCGCGGCAGCUGUGCAAACAGCUGCUGCGGCCACACGGCCUGGCAAUAUCGCGAGCUGGCACGGAGCAUAGCUGGUGACCGCUGGAGCUUAUGUGGCAGACGGCCACGGGUGGAUUUUGUGAGGCGUUGGCAGCAGAGGCAGCAGCCGCUACAGCCACGGCGCACAGCUUCGCCCGUGGGCGCGUGUUUUGAAUUGGGUUCGGAAAAAUGGCUUGAUUGGGUAGUUGACAAAGUGACAGAUGAGAUCACUGCCUCGCAGGAUUAGUGUUGUGCGCGUGUGUCUAAACGGCAUGGCACUUGGUGCGGUGCGGGUUUUGUUGGGGGCGGCUUGGCGACUCGCCACCAGCUGAAUGCGGAUUGCGUGAAGCACCGCCGCGAGGGCUGGCGCGGUGAAUCGUGCAACUGAUCCACAACUCGACUGUGUUUAAUAUGGGCAGUACAUAAGAGCACUCGUGUGUGUAAAUGAUCAUGCGCAUUGACUGUUUGCUUAGGUUAGCGUCAUCCUGGGACUGCAAUCAGCGGAGCCGCGUUCCGGUUACAAGCCUCAGGAGAGGCUAACGGACACGGUUCAUAGAUGUGGUUGGCCGGGACCAUUGUUCCCGUGGCCGUGCAUAACGGCGAAAGCUCUGGUGAGAAGCAGGAGUUUGUGCGCAGGGCUAUUGCCUGUUGCCCCUGUAAACCGGUUUGGGGGCACAGUACGAACGCGUCAUAUUGAUAUAAUUUUCAACAUAAGUUGAAUGCCAGCCAGGCUGCGGCGGUAACUGCGGCAGGGGACAGCACGGUGGUCCCGAGUCAGCAGCUGAGUGACAGCCCCCAACGUGUCAUCCGUCAGGAUGCGCAGCUGGCGUCAGGGCUUUCUGCAAUCU